UAGUCUUUUUAUACAGACACCAUGCUGGGAUAUGAAUACAACUGCUAUUUAUUUUUAUGCAGAUCCGAAUGAAGGCUUCCGUGUUUUACGGCAAGCGCGUAAGCGUGCAACCUCAUGUUAGACCUCCCCCAGAGGACAGUGAAGACAGCUGUCUCAGUGAUAGUGCAGGGAGCGAUGAGGAAUAUGUUCCCAAGCCAGGUGAUGGAGAGAGUAGCAAUGAGAGCGACAGGAGUAGCAGUGAUGAGAAAUGUGUGCCCGAGCCAGGUGAUGGUGAGAGCAGUAGCGAGAGCGACAGGAGCAGCAGUGAUGAGGAGGUUAGUAGCACCAGUGCCCAAGCUCCAAGAAAGAAACAAAAGAGACGAAACAAAGAAAAAAUGACAUGGAAGACGGGGAAACAGACUCAGAGCUCUGAAAAAAAUGUGCCAGCGUGGCAAGGUGCCCUCCCAGACAGUGACUCAAUCAGACUGCCUAUUGAUUACAUCAGACAGUUUUUUGACACUGAACUUUUGGCUCUUAUUGUCAAUCAGAGCAAUCUGUACAGCACACAAGAAAAUCCAAACCAUGCCCUGAAAUUAGAUCAGGAGGAAUUGGAGCAGUUCAUUGGAUCUGUUUUGUACAUGAGUGUUAUCCGCUUACCUCGCUCUAGGAUCUACUGGUCUAAUGCAUGUCGUAUUUUUAUUCCAUCUGUGGGAGAGAAGCCAGUUAAGAGCCUGGGCAAGAUCUAUGACUGCACUCUGAAGGACACCGCAGCACUCCGAGCAACAUCAGAGGAGUUGGGAACCUGGCUGACAGCAGUGGAUAAGUAAGGGCUACCAGGCAAGUUUAAAGCCUGGAUCUACCAACAUGGCAUCUUGCCUCGACUCCUCUGGCCACUGCUGGUCUAUGAUAUGCCAAUGACCACCGUUGAGUGCUUCGAGAGGAAGGUCAGCUCCUUCCUGCGGAAGUGGUUGGGCCUACCAUGAAGCCUUAGCAGCAUCGCCUUGUACGGGAGGAACAACAAACUGAAACUCCCCUUCAGCAGUCUAACGGAGGAGUUUAUGGUUACCUGAGCAAGAGAGCUGCUGCUGUAUAAAGACUCCAGUGACAUCAAAGUCUCCUCAGCUGGCAUAGAAGUGAGGACCGGCAGGAAGUGGUGUGCUCACGAGGCAGUCGACCAGGCUGAGUCCCGCUUGCGGCACAGCGAGCUGGUGGGAACAGUGGCAUCCGGACGGGCAGGACUCGGGAGCAACCCAAGACCUUCCUACAACAAGGCCCAGGGGAAAGCAAGGCGUCAACUGAUCCAGGAGGAGGUCCGUGCAGGGGUGGAGGAAGCCCGCUGCAGUAGGACAGUAGGGAUGCGGCAGCAGGGGGCGUGGACCCGGUGGGAGGAGGCAGCUGACCAGAAGGUAUCGUGGACAGAGCUAUGGCGAUCUGAGCCACACCGGAUCAAGUUCCUCAUCCAGUCGGUCUACGACGUCCUCCCAAGCCCAUCCAACCUCCACCGCUGGGGCUUGGCUGGGAACCCACUGUGCCCUCUCUGCCAAAGAGCUGGAUCGCUGGAACACAUCCUGAGCUGCUGCCCAAGAGCGCUGGGAGAGAGGCGUUACUGCUGGUGCCUGGUGCUACGGGUCAUUGCGGAGGCCAUCAGCACAGGGAUUUCCACCAGUAAACACCAACAACCAACAAGGCAGUUCAUUGCCUUUGUUAGGGCUGGGGAGAAGCCACAGCAGCAACGGAGACAAGCAGGGGGGCUGCUAGCAACAGCCCGGGACUGGCAGCUAAAAGUUGACCUAGGGAGACAGCUCAAGUUCCCGGAGAACAUCGCAGUGACCACACUCAGGCCAGACAUGGUCCUGGUGUUGGAAACAACGAGGCAAGUGGUCCUGCUGGAGUUGACUGUUCCCUGGGAAGACCGGAUGGAGGAGGCCUUUGAGAGGAAGAGAGCCAAGUACGAGGAGCUGGCAGGUGAAUGCCGAAGCAGGGGAUGGAGGACCCGAUGCAACCCCAUCGAGGUCGGGUGCAGAUGAUUCGCCGGCCAGUCUCUCAUCAGGGCUCUCAAGAUGUUGGGAGUGAAGGGACUGCACAACAGGAGAGCCAUCAAAAACAUCAGUGACGCAGCAGAAAAGGCGUCCAGAUGGCUGUGGGGCGAUCUGUGGACAAAUACUUAUAAGACACAAGCCGGGGUGAUUUGAUCACCCUGGGCGAGGGUGUCUGUUGUGAGACCCAAAACACCCCGUGAACCCAGGUGCCAACACUGAUGUGUCUUAAGUUGCACAAAUGUGUAUUUUAGAAUGAAUUAUGAUAGAUAAAUAAUUCCCAUACCUUUUCACUCAGUCGUAUCUGUACUGUCGAUGUGUGUCUAUUGAAUACUGUAAUGGUGUUUGGUUUUCUCCAGCUGCUCUCUUCCUCCCACAACAAGGUCAGAUUUUGCUUCUAGGUUUGAAGUAAUGCUGUACCCGCUUUUCAUCAGAAAACUCAGACUCAUGAGGCGAUCUGGGAUUAUAUUCUGAUGGGUGACUACAGCAGAAAAUGGUGACAGGACAGAGCUGAUAAUACAUCCAUGGGAAGACCUGAACCUGUUUAAACCUAAACGAAAGGCAGAUCUUUCUGGACAAAAACAUUUUCAAAAACAGCAGCAGGACG